AUGGGAGCCUAUAGGUUGAGACUUGGAUUGUGGAAUAUAGGAAUGUUAACGGGUAAGCCCAUAGAGUUGGCGAAGAUUCUACAAAAGAGGAAGGUGAGUAUAGCUAGUGUGCAGGAUACUAGGUGGGUAGGGUCGAGAGAGAGGCUUGGAUAUGAGGUUAAGAGGCACUUUUGGGAGGGGUUGGAUGAGGUGGUGCAUGGUAUUCCGCCUAUAGAGAAAUUAUUUAUAGGAGGAAAUUUCAUUGGUCAUAUUGUGUCGUCUGUUGGUGGGUAUGGAAAGAUGCAUGGGGGCUUCGGCUUUGGGAAUAGGAACAGAGGAGGUAUUUUACUGUUGGCAUUCGCUAGAGCUUUUCAGUUGGUGAUUGUGAACUCUAGUUUUUUGAAGCGGGAAGAGCAUUUGGUUACUUUCAGAAGUAUGGUGGCUAAGACCCAGAUUGAUUUUCUUCUCCUCAAGAGGAACGAUAAGGGAUGGUGCGAGGAUUGCAAGAUUAUUCUGAGUGAGACCCUCGUGUCACAACCAUAG